GGAGUCAACUACAUGCCGCCGACUACAGUCCCUGGUGGAGACCUUGCCAAAACUACGAGGGCUUGCAUCGCCCUGGCUAACAACACAUCUGUGAAGGAUGCGUGGAAUAGACUUCGCAAAAAGUUCAAUACCAUGUAUCAGAAACGAGCGUUUGUAUUCUGGUAUGUUGGUGAAGGCAUGGAGGAGAGCGAGUUCACAGAAGCCAGGGACAAUGUGCAAGCUUUAGAAGAAGAGUACAAUGAAAUUGAGAAAUGAUACAUUCUAUCACAGAUACAAUCAUACAACUGACUUGAUAAUUAGAUUGGGGAAUGAUACAUCCUAUGACAGCUACAAUCAUACAAUAUUGUCUCUAUUUAUACAUACAUUGGUAGAUACAAUAUCAUUCUCAACUAUGAAUGAUUGGGAAAGGAACAACAGGCUUGAAGCCCAAAACUGUUACUUUCCCAAAUUUGGAUAGAAAUUGACCAAAAAUGGAUGAAAUUGAGAAAUGAUACAAUCUAUUAAAGAAUACCAUCAUACAAUAUUGACUUGAUAAUGAAAUUGGGAAAUUAUACAUUCUAUUAUAGACACAAUCAUUCAAUAUUGUCUUGAUGAUGAUAUUGAGAAAUGAUACAUUCUAUCACAGAUACAAUCAUACAAUUGUCUAGAUUUGCUACUUGACACAUAUCCUACUUGUUUCUGCUCUUAUACUCCAAUUGAUGUACCUUCCGAAUUGGUAUACAUUGUUUCGAAUUAUAUAGUAGCAGAGAAAACUUAAGCUGCGUUUACACCAAAGUUAUCAACAAAAUGUUUAUUUCUCCGUCCUUAUAGAUUCUAUUAGUUUGAACAUAACUUUUCAUACACAUGAUGAACAUUAAUGUGUUUGUCAAGUUCCGUUCAAUCUAAUAGAAUCUAUAAGGAUGGAGAAAUAAACAUUUUGUCAAUAACUUUGGUGUAACCGCAGCUCUAUACAAGUUCAUACAGACUCAUAUUUGUUUUAUUUUAUGAUUGUAGAUGGCAUUGUAUUACGUAUCGUAUACGACUUUAGACGUGCAAAUACACCAAUUCGGGAGUUGCAUCAAAUUGAGUAUAAAAAGCAGUAUAUUAUGAUUGGAAUUGGAACUCAUACAAAUCUUCCAUUCGAUUCAGCCAAUUACUGGUUAUUCAAUAUCUAUUUUGAAUGAAUUGGUCAAAAUAUUUCGCAGAUAUAGCUGAUUGAACUCGGAAGAAACAUAAUAAGCUGAACUAAGCAUUAAAACAAAUAAAUGAAACUCUGAUGAUUUUCUUUUAUCUU